GUCAAGACUCACCGACAAACCUCCUUCGCUUGCCCUUCGACCCGUCAACAUGGCCCCCAAGGUUCGCGCCGCCGCUCAAGAGAGCACCUCGCUCGGUCCCGAUGUUGCAGAGGGCCAGCAAGUCUUUGGUGUCGCCCACAUCUUUGCCUCGUUCAACGACACCUUUGUCCACAUCACCGAUCUCACCGGAAAGGAGACGAUCAGCCGAGUUACUGGCGGCAUGAUGGUCAAGGCUGACCGAGACGAGUCGUCGCCCUACGCUGCCAUGAUGGCUGCCCAGGCCACGGCUGCCAGGUGCAAGGAGGUCGGCAUCACUGCUCUCCACAUCCGGCUUCGUGCUACCGGCGGUACUGGCUCCAAGACCCCUGGUCCCGGCGCUCAGUCUGCUCUCCGCGCCCUCGCUCGUGCUGGUCUUCGCAUUGGCCGCAUCGAGGACGUGACCAAGGUUCCUUCGGACUCGACUCGCAGGAAGGGCGGUCGCCGUGGUCGCCGUCUCUGAGCUGGUGGAGAAGUUUUCGCAAGCAUAUCUCCCCCUUCUCUCCUCUUUUUCUUUUCUCUCUGUUCUGUACGAUUGCGCGGUGUGGCUGGGAGGGGGUGGACAGCAGCACAACAGUGGGGAUUUGCUGCACCACUGUACUGUUUCGUUUAGUGACGGCAGCGGUUCACUGGAGGGACAGAGAGUGUUCGACUCUCUGGUCGCCUUGAAAAUCAACUACAAGGUCUUGUGCUAGAACG